CCUUCGUGCAGCUCAGCCAAAUACACAUGAUGACCAACAACAACACCACCAGCCUCAUCAACAGCAAUUCAAACAACAAGCUGCCAAAUGGUAAGGCACCACCACCGCCACCACACGCGCAUGCGCUCUCCUCGUUGCCACGCUUUGGCAGCACCACAAGCAGCGCACGUCGUGAACCGUCAGCCAGCGUCAGCGCCGAGAGCUCACUUUCAAAUGAGCCACCCUACAGCCAGCAACUUGCCAAUCAGAAUGGACAACGCGCCACCACCAACGCCGAUCGUUACAUACGCCUCACACAGGAUCAUUUCAAUCACAACAAUGGCCCAUACGGCAGCAUUGGCAGCGGCGGAAAACAUGGCAAUCAUGCCAAUACGCUAGGUGCUGAACGUUCGCCACGUGAAAGUGAAAGUAACUACAUACACAAUAAUUCACAUUAUUCGCUGCCGUUGGAUCAUGCGCUCACAGCUACUACAGCAACGCCACCGCCACCACCACCGCCAGCGUUGCCCAUGCGCAAUGGACAGCUAAUUAAUAACAACAGCAACGGCACUGGCGCACAGCGGCAAGCAGCAUACAAUAACAACAGCUGCAGUAAUGGUUAUGCUACGAUAGGUGGAGGAGGCGGCAGCAAUCAUUUUGGCGGCGGCGGUGGUGGUGGUGUUGUGGCAAUUGGAGUUGGCGGCGGAAAUAAUAACAACAACAAUGGUAGUUUACGACGCUGUCACUGAUAUACGCUCAAGGGCGAUUGGUGUGGCACAAGCCGCAGCGCCUAUUACGAGAAAUUCGAUUAUGCAUACGAACAUCCGGCUGCGACGGCGAAUAGGAACAGCUUCGAGAUGUGCACGUUUGUGAGGCCAUAAAGGGUGGGGAUGGUGGAUAGAAGAGUAGGUGGGGAGAGUUGAGAGAAGAGAAGGAGAGCAAGAGAGUUACUGA